UUGUAAUAUGUGAUCAACUAAUUUGUUAGUGUUUAAUGCACAGCACUUACAUAUUUGUUUUGAAAAGCAUACAUUUUAACAAAUUUGACUUUUGAAUAAUUAAAUCCAACUUAUAAACAUUAACAAAUACAUACAUAUUUUCUUGAAUGUGCUAACUUAUUUGGUAUCUGCAAAAACAAAUAAGUAUGCGUUGUCUUCUUUGCGGAGUAUUGCUGAAUGAAUGUGACGAACUGAAAGACAUCAAUGAAAAGUCUCCCUUUUCUAAAAAGUCGUUUCUUUCUAUUGUAAAAUAUUUAGCAAAAACAGCUAAACCACCCGGUGUAGUAACAUGGACUAACCAAUUCAACGAAUGUUAUAUCUGUCAAACUUGUUGCUUUGAUAUUUUAAAAUACGACGAGUAUAUGGUCAAAUUGUUGGAAGUGCAAAAGCGUAUUAUUUCAUAUCUGCGAAAUCCAGUGCUAAGCGAAGAGCUCAUUGCAAUACAAACAUUGGAUGAAUGCAUUGAUGAAAGCAAUGUGAAAAUAGAAGAAUUUGAAAUAGGUGUCGAACGUAUUACCGAAGAGUGUUUUAGCGUUCUUGACAAUAAUAACAAGUCUUUUGUAGAAGAAAAUGAAAAUACCGAAACCAUUGGCGAUGGCGAAAAUAUCAAAGAAUUUAAUUAUGCAGAUGAAACAGAGUCGGAUAAAGCUGAAGACCCAACCGUUAGUCUCCGCAAGUACAAUAUUCCAGUUAAAUGUGAUAUCUGCUGUAAAGUUUUCAAGAAUAAAACACAUCUGAAUCGACAUAUGAACGUUGCGCAUAAACCAUCUAAACAAGUUUGGAAAUGCGAAGUUUGCGGCAUUACUGCAAAAGAUGAAGAAUAUUUAGAAUUACAUAGAAAUAUCCAUGAAGGAAGAUCUGAUUUAGAAUGCCGGUUCUGUAACAAACGUUAUUCUCGAAAGAUUAAUGUUAUCAGACAUAUGCACAAACAUUGGGAUAAAAAGAAUGUUCAAUGUGAGAGAUGUGGUUUGAGGUUCUCUGAGUUGCCAGUAUACUAUAAUCACAAAUUACAGCAUGAUGCUGAAGAUGACCCGCUUAUUUGCACAGUGUGUAACCAAUCGUUCAAAACACGACGUACAUAUAGAAACCACUUAUGGGUACAUCGGGACGAUCGUCCACGUUAUAGCUGUGAGAUUUGUGGGAAGACUUUUGUUGAAAAAUAUACACUUAAAGUUCAUCUAAGAUGUCAUAGUGAUGGAGGAAAAAGAAAAAAUAAUAUUUCAAUAAACCAGGAAGAAAAAACCUUGGAAUGUGUUAUAUGCGGCGAUCAAUUUUCUUCCAAGGAUUUAUACAAUCAGCACAUGGAAAUUCAACACGAUGUAAUUUUGAAUGCUGAGGACAUUUAAAUAAAUACACAUCCAAACAUUUAGAUACGUAUAGAUAUAAUAUAUUUUUUAUUUCGAAUUCGAUAAAAUGUAAAGACAAAUCAAAGUUUUCAAUAUAAAAAAAGUACUAUGUAACACAUAAUUUGUUAGUAACUCUGAAUAAUUUAAUUUCUGAUUUCUUAUAAUUAAUUACAAUUAUAGCAAGCUUUACUACGACUUCGCUUGUAUGUCCAUAGCAAAUGUUUCAGACUACUAAUAUGCAUUAUUUUUUUUUAUAUAUUUAAUAAUUAACACUUGUUAAUAAUGGUCUUUGACGUUAUAUAAAAUUUUCUGGUAAAAUCAUUUGGAAUAAUUAAAUAGUUUCAAUUUAAAAAUAAAAAACAAGUACUACCGAUGAAGAAUACAUACAUAUAUAUAAGUUUAUUAUUAAGCCUAAAAAUACCAGAUGAA